CUCCCCCGGGUAGCUUGAGCGGGUAUGGGUGUUUAAUUUAACUGGAUUUAUGUCACUUCACAGCAAGAGUAAAACUGCAAUUCCGUAUAGGGGAAUGAGGGUAGAUCGGCGAGGAGUGGCAUGGAUGGCGCGGGAUUGCGGUGCAGACUAGGAGCGUGUUGCGCCAGCCGCAUCAGCACGGGCUUGUGCAGAGACUGCUUCGGCUUCCAUCCACAUCUUACCGGAUUGAUUGGAUUUCUUUUUUUUCUUUCUCUUCGCUGGUCGCUUAUCAACGAUUCUGCGUGAAGCUUGGCAUUUCUCUCCCACCUCCAAUUAAUUUCUGACCAGCCGUGCGUUUAGCCUUUAGCCGCAACCGCAUGCUCCCUAAUUCCAUUCGAAUCUGCACAAUUUCCUCGCUACGAACUUUCCCACCUCUAAAAUUUCCCGCUAUUAGAUCGCAAACCUAACCUGCCGUGCCGUUCACGCAAUUAACCUCUCCCCGCCGUCCGCCCACCAUGGGAUCCAUGGGGAGAUUAAUCUCCUCGGUCUCAGGCCCGUUCCACCCGUUCGGCGGCGCUGUGGACAUAAUAGUAGUCCAGCAGCCGGACGGCGCGCUCAAGAGCUCGCCGUGGUACGUGCGGUUCGGCAACUUCCAGGGUGUGCUGAAGCGGCGCGAGCGUGUGGUGUCGAUCGUCGUGAACGACACUGAGGUGGACCUGCACAUGUUCCUCGACAGCAACGGCGAGGCGUUCUUCCUCCGCGAAACGGAUACAGGCGGGGGUAGCGGCGAGGAGGAGGAGGAGGAGGAGGAGGAAGAGGAGGAAGAGGAGGAAGAGGAGGAGGAGGAGGAAGAGGAGGAAGAGGAGGAGGAGGAGGACGGGGAGGAGGGGGAGGAAAAGGAGGAGGAAGAGGGGGAGGAAGAGGGGGGGGAGGAGGGUGCGGGGUCAACGGAGAGCGAGGAGCAGGAGGAGAUGGAGAUGGAGGAGAGGCAGGGGCAGAGCGACAAGCAUCGGAACGCAUCAGCAACGACAGGAGCGGCGGGGAAGGCAAAGACCAAGGCGAAGGGGAAGGGGAAAGCGAAGGCGAAGCGCGGCAAGGGCGGCAAGGGCGGGAAAUUGAAGGUGGACGUGCGGGAGAUCGAGCUGCUGGAGGAGGAGGAGCUGGCCAUGGCGAGCGCGGCGGGCGUGGAGCCGUCGCUGCUGAAGAUGAUGGCGGAGGCCAACCGCAAGAUCCUCACCGACGCCAAGUCACCCUACCGCGUCGUGCGCUCGGGAAAGAAGCCGGGGGGAUUCAAGGCCGGCGGGGGUAGCGGUAGCGGUGGUGGUGGUGGUAGUGGUAGCCACGCAGGGGGUCGUCGGGAUGUGAGUCCUGGCGGCAGUCGCGCGCUGUCGCACACGCUGUCGGAGCCCGAGCACCCGUCGUCCACGCCGUCGCUGCCGUCGCUCAGUCGCACGCAGGACGAUGCGACGCCGCUCACGCGGCAGCUGUUUCGCAGCCACUCGCAAUCCGACAUCGUGGCCAAUUCCAGUCUAGAUGCCACCGCCGCAGGUGCAGCUGGGGACGGCGAAGGGAGUGGCGCUGGUGGUGGGGUUGCAAGGAACGAGGGCGGCGACGACACGAGCGCGUCGCAGGUGUUUUCGCAGCUGGUCGCGUCGCAGGUGGACCCGUCGCUUAACGUCACGCCGCCUCGGCCCCGCGCGAGCCCAUUCACCGGCAGCGCUGACGGCGCUGGAGGAAUCACCGCCGCCUCCGCUGCUGCUGCUGAUGGCGAUGGCGGCGCGUUUUCGCUCGGACCGGUGAGCGCGGGGAUUUCUCCCGCCACUGGCUCGUUGAGCCGUUCGCGAUUGAAGCAGUCCCGAAGUGCGGGUAGCAGCAACGAACUGGUUGACACCAUUUUAGAAUCGGACUCCGUAGCAACAGGCUCAGGAACAGGCACAGCAGCAGCAGCAGCGAGUAGCACGUCGAACCUAGCGGAAGGAAUCAACGCCACAGCGGCGCAACUCGCGUCUGUCACGCAAGCAGCCGUGUCCUCGGGCGCGGGCAAGAGCGCGCUCAGCAAGGGCGCAUGCGCAAAGAGCGCAAGCGCGCCCUUUAUAGGCAUGGUCGCCAGCAGUAGCGCCGGAUCCUUUGCAGAUCACUCCGACCCCGACCUCGACCUCUCCGCCCGGCUCCCCCCGCCCGCGCUUGCCCCCGCCUCCGCGCCCGCGUCCGUUUCCUCCUCCGCGCAAGACCUCGCGCUGGUUGCUGUGGGCGCGGGGGAACGUGUGGGACGCGCUGGUAGCGCGGGGAACGCGGGCGCAAGCGCUGGCGCUGGUCAAGCGCGGAAAGGCGCGGGGGAGAGUGGGGGGAUCGCGGGUGAGGAGGAGGGAGGGAGUGAGGGUAGGGAUGAGGCUGAUUUAGACCCUAUACUGAGGGAGGGGAGGGAGAGGGAGAAGAAGUGGCGACAGGUGGUGACACAGGCAGCGGAGGUGAUUAAAGAUUUACCGUGGGCAUGUGAGGGCGAGUAUGCGGAGAUGCAGAGGCGCAAGGAGGAGAGCGAGCGGAAGCAGGGAGCAGCGCCGCCCAACAGGCGCAGCUGGAGCUGGUUCAGCUGGCGGACCCGACAGCAGAAGGCUGCUGUCGCUGCUGCUGCCGCUGCUGCUGCUGCCGCUGGUGAUGCUGCCGCUGGUGAUGCUGCUGCUGGUGGUGCUUCUGGGUCGGGUGCAGGGGAAGGAGGGGCGGUUGGACGGGAUGGGGAAGCAGCGGGAGGAGAGGGAGAAGUGGGUGGGAGGCAGAGAGGGGGGCGGACACGUGUGGUGGAGUUUGAAAUAGGGGAUGGGGAGGGGAGUGGAGAAGGAGGAGGGAGAGGAGGAGGAGGUGAGGACAAGAGGCGGGAUAGAGGGGGGGACGAGGCGAGGGGAGAUGAAAGGGAGGAUGGGGAAGGGCAGGAGGGGGGGGAGCAUGAGGGGGAUGGGCGGGGGAACAAGGAGGAGGAUGAGGUGGCGGCGGCGGAGUUGAUAGAGGAGCUGUUCGACCGCAAGUGGGUGGAGGAGUCGCAGCUUAGGCGCAGGAAGUCAGGGCAGGGGGGCGAGGAGAAGUGCGCUCACGAGGGCGCGAGGAGAGGCUCAGGGGUGGGCGAACGGGAGAGGGAGAGGGACGAGAAGGGGGAGGGGGAGGGGGAGGGGGACGAGGAUGGAGAGGGGGAAGGGGAGGAGGAGAGGCGGAGGGUGUCGUUUGCGUCUGUGGGGCGUGAUGGCAGUGAGGCGUCUUCGUCGUCUGCCAGCCUGCACAGCCUGUCGCCGGGUGAGCUGUCCAGAGGCAGCAGCACAGAGGCACAGGGCGACAGCAUGCUCGCAGAUAGCAUGGCUGCCGCGGCUGCUGCUGCCGCUGCUGGUUCUGCUGCUGGUGCUGCUGCUGAUACUGAGACUGGUACAGGGGCAGGUGCAGGAGAGACGGGUGGGGAUGAGAGGGGCGAGGAGGCAGUGGAGGAAGGGGCGGGGAUGGGCGCGGGUGGUGGAAGGGCCGCGUUCAGCCGGGCUCUAUCAGAGAAUCAGCGGUUCUACUCGUUCAAGCGCUCGCCCUCUGACUCGGGGGUCUCUGUGGAGGGGGGCAAGGAUGAGGGCGUCCACAGGACAGAGGAAGAAGAGGGGGAGCUGAAGGAGGGGGUUGCAAAGGAGGAGGCUAAGGAGGAGGAGGUUGAUUCGGUAAGAGAAACGAGAGAAGACGGGGAGCAGGUGGGAAGGGUUGAGGCUGAGGCGUGUGUGGUGGCAUCGGCAGUGGAGUCAGGCAGUGGCGCAGUGACGAGUGUGUGUGUGGAGGUCGCUGAAGUGGAAGAGAGGAAUGGGAGAGUGGUUGAGACGGUGGUUGUGGCACAAGUGGUGGGGGAAGAAGAGGGCGGGGGAGAGGAGGAGGAACAGGGAGGGGAAGGUGUGAGGGUUGAGGAGGUAACAGAUGAUAGUGAGGCUGCCGCUUCUGCUCUUGCAGAUUCUGCUGCCGCCGCUGAUGAUGACGCCGCUGCUGUUGUAGUUGCUGUUGCUGUUGCUGAUGCUGAUACUGCCACUGCUGCUGUGCCUCCUGCUGAUGCUGCUGCUUCUGCACUGGCUGCUGUUGCUGCAGCCACGGCUACUUUUGAAGAAGAAGCUCGAUCAGAAGAGGCUGCAGGGGCGACUGAGAGUGUGGUGGCAGAGGGCGGCAGUGGUGAGGGUUCUGCUGAGGGUAUAGCAGCAGGCGCAGCAGCAAGCACAGCAGCAGAUAGUGAGGGGGUCGUAGCACUGGAAUCUCUAGGAGGGGCCGUGGGAGGGGAAGGUGGAGGCUCCUCGCAGCUGCUGCUGGCACCUAUAUCGGAUGGUGACAGUAACGAGUGUUAUAGCCCUGCAUGUGACAGUGCCGAUCGUGAUGGUAACGAGGGGCAUGGCGAGGGCGAGGAGAGUGAGAGGAAGAGGUUGGAGCAAGGGGAGGGGAGGAAUGGGGAGUGUAAGGAAGUGAGUGAGGCUGAGCGGGACGAGAAAGAGGAUGGUGGGGAGAAGGAAGAAGCCGGAGUUAAGGAAGGGGGAGGGGGCAAGGGGAAGAGGAGAAAAAGAAGAGGGAAGAAAGGGAAGGGAGUGAAGGAGGAGGAGAAUAUGGGUGGUAGCUCCAGGCAGGGUACUGCGACGGAAGGGGAAGAGAAGCAGGAGGAAGUGGGGGAAGAGGAGGGAGAGGGAAGAAGGGAGGGAGAGGGAGCAGUAGAUGAAGAGGGAGACAGGCACAGAGCAGAGGAAGGGAAGAAGCUGAUUGAGGAGGGGUUGAGAGGAGGGAAUGCCGUAGAGUCUGGUGGUAAGGGGUGCGAUGAGUUGGGGGAGGAGAGAGACAGGAGGGAGGGGGGAGGCGCCAUGGCGAAUGGGGAAGUGAGUGCAGCCGUGGGCAGUGGAAGCGAUAACCGCGUGGCUGGUAUGGGGGGUGAGAAACACGAGGAGGGGGUUACGGAGGUGCAGGGAGGAGCAGAAGGGAAGGGUGAAGAGGGAAGCAGAGGAGGUAGAGAGGAGGGCGGAGGAGAUGAGGUGGCGAGGGAAGGAGAAGACGAGCAGGGCGAAGACGCGAGGGCGCAGGAAGUGGCGGCAGAAGGGGGAGGGGAGAAUGGAAGCGCGCGAGAGGGCAGUGACGGGGCUGGCGCUGCUGCUGCUGACGAGGUGGGUGGUGUGGGGUCGGAGGUUGGUGAUAUGGGUAGCAGGGACAAGGACGAAAAGGCAGGGGAGGGUGGAGGAAGGGUGGAGGUGAAAGAAGGGUGUGUGGAGGAUGAGGAGGAGGAAGAUAGAAAGGAGGUGGGAGAGGAUGGGAACAGUGAGGAGGACCCUCAUUCAGCCGCAGGUAAGCAACAGGAGGAGGGGCAUGGUGAGGGGCAUGAUGAGGGGCAUGGUGAGGGGCAUGAUGAGGGGCGUAUGAAUGACAUUGGUGAGAAGGCACCUGCGUCUGGGGUAGCACUUGCAGGAGGAGAGGGUGCGGAAAGAGAUGGGGAAAGCGGGGUAAGAAGCGAGGAGGAAGCACAAGUUGUAACACUGGCAACUGGUGCAGCAACCGCAGUAGCAGAGGCCGCAACAGAAGCGGCAGCAGAGGCGGCAGAAGCAGCGCAGGAAACAGCAACAGCAGGCCCAGCAGCAGGUACGGUGACUGGUGACGCUGGGGUAGUGGCAACAGCAGAAGCUGGGUCUGAUUCAGUGGCUUCAGAAGCAGACACAUCGCCAUCUGAGGCAACAGAGAAAGUCACUGCCGCCGCUGCGCCUCCAGAGGAUGUGGCUGCUGCUGCUGAUUCUUCUGCCGAUGCUUCUGCGGAGGCUUCUGCGGAUGCUUCUGCCGAUGCUGCUGCUGAUGCUUCUGCUGAUGCUUCUUCCGAUGCAACUUCUGCCGCCUCUGCGUUAAAAUCAGCGUCAGCAACUGAGUCUGAGAAGGCACAAGGCGAAGGUUGGGAGGAUAAAGAAGAGACGGGGAGUUUUGUGGAGGGGCUUAAUGAGGAGAAGCAAAGGGGGCGCGGUGAUGAAGCCAAGGGGGAGUGCCAUGUGGAGGCCGGACGAGAGGAGCAGGUGGUGGAGAGAGGGGCAGGAGAGGCAGGGGGGGCAGGGGGGGCAGGAGAUGCAAGAGAGGCAGGGGGGGCAGGAGAUGCAGGUUCGUCCCCACCAUCAUCUGAUUCAAAACAAGCAGAGCAACCAGUUCGGGUGCCUGAUCUUCCAGCUGCUGUUGAAGCAGCAUCAUCACCUUCCACCGCUCUUGCUCUUAUCCCCACCUCACCACCACCAUCACCACCACCAUCACCAUCACCACCACCACCACCACCAUCCGCCCCACCCACCGAUUCCUCCACUACUCUGGUAACCACCGCCCUCCCCCCCCACGCCCCUCCCCCUCACGCACCCCCCUCCCACUCCCACGGCCUCUCCCCCGCGUCCCCCACACCUCCCUCGCGCGCCCUGGAGCCGUGUCUGGAGCUGGCAGUGUGCCGGCACCUGCUGUUCCCCAAGAUGGGCACAGACGCCGCUGCCUCUGUCUUCAACGCCGCCAAGAUCACCUGGCACCAGUUCCGCUGUAAUGCGAAUUCCAUCCUCUCUAAUGACCGCCUCGUUGUAAGGGUGGGCGAGCGGUACUACCCCUGGUCUGUGGCUGCUCCGAAGCUGGUAGGCAUGCUGGCGUUUGGCCAGAUGAUACCUCCCCUGCUAGACGCCGAUGGGGCGAUACCUGUCGAGAAGCCACCUCCCCCUCCCCCCCUGCUGCCCAAGCCUGGGGAGCAGCAGAAGGAGAUUGUGGUGCGGGGCGCAGGAGAGGGGGGAGGCUGGCGGCUUUGGCCGUUCGGGGGGAGGAGAGGGGCAGGGGGGGCGGUGGGAGCAGCGGGGAUGGCAGCGAAGGUGAUGAGUGGGGGGGCAGUGCAGGCAGACGUGAUGCUAGCCGCUGCUGCUGCAGCCAACGUGGCGAUUCAAGUCGAACGAAGCAAGGGCGGCGCAGGGGGCAACAGUGCCGCUGCUGCUGCGGCCGCCGCAGCGGCGGUCAGAUUCGCCCAACCGGGGCUCCUCCGAGGGGGGCAGCAGACCCAACUCCUCCUACGCGAGCGAGAGAACGAGUUCUACGAGCGGGCGACCCACGUGCGGUCGCUGACGCCGACGUCGGAGCAGCUGAAGGCGCUGGGGCUGAAGGAGGGCAAGAACCGCGUGCAGCUGACGUUCACCACGCGCAUGUGGGGCCGCCAGGAGGUGCAGUGCUCGCUCUUCGUGUGGCGCUGGAACACUCGGGCUGUCAUCAGCGACGUGGAUGGCACCAUCACCAAGUCGGACGUGUUGGGGCAGGUGAUGCCGCUCAUGGGGGCGGACUGGACUCAGAUCGGUGUGGCCAGGCUCUUCACGGCCAUCAGGGCCAACGGCUACGAAUUGCUGUUUCUCAGCGCCAGGGCCAUCCAGCAGGCAGCGCUAACUCGCUCCUUCCUCUUCUCCCUGCGCCAGGACGGGGAGUUCUCUCUGCCCGAGGGCCCUGUGGUCAUCUCCCCGGACGGCCUCUUCCCAUCGUUAUACCGCGAAGUCAUCCGUAGAGCGCCUCACGAGUUCAAGAUCGCAUGCCUAUCCGACAUCCGGGCGCUGUUCCCUGCGGACGUGAACCCGUUCUAUGCGGGGUUUGGCAACCGCGACACGGAUGCAGUGUCAUACGAGGCCAUGGGGAUAGCGCGGGGCAAGAUCUUCACCAUCAACCCCAAGGGCGAGGUGACGGUGAACAAGGUUCUGAGCGCCAAGUCGUACACGUCCCUGCAUGACCUCGUGGAUGACAUCUUCCCCGCCUUCGCCCUCACCAAGCCCGCCGGCCCUGAACCCGAGGACUUCAACGAUUGGAACUAUUGGAAGACGCCCAUCCCCAUAAUCGAUGAGGACCUCCCAGAACUGCUCCCCAAGCGCAGCACCUCCCGCCGCCGAUGAGUGAGAGGACGCCUCAGCGUGGGGAGGCGAGGAUUUUCGUCUCUUGCUGCGAGGCAUGGUGAACAACGGCAAGGCACACUGAUUAUGAUGCUUGGUGAAGGGGGAAGGGACUGAAGCACGGCAGCCGAUUGUUACAUGUUUGGGUUGAUGGCUGGCUGGCUGGCUGGCUGGCUGGCUGGCUGGCUGGCUGGCUGGCUGGCUGGGAUUGGCUUUGCAUUCAAUGUAAAGAUGAAGAUUUACAUAUGCCUAGAGUUCCUAUGGUUGGCGUCAAUUACCGAAUGCCAUUAAUGUACAUAAAGCGAUUCUUGGUAUGACCAUAAAACGAAUGUGAAGCA